AUGACCUCAACAACCUACCUGAUAACCGGAGCGGGUCGAGGAAUCGGCUACGGCCUCACCAAAGCCCUCCUAUCCCGCAGCAAUUCGACCGUCAUCGCCGCCAUCCGCGACCCAUCCGCCGAACCAGCCCAGACUCUCCGCGCUCUCCCCACCGGCCCAGGCUCACGACUCAUCCUCGUCAAGCUCGACGCCGAAUCCGACACCGACGCCCACGAGGCCAUGCGAUACCUCCAGGAAACUGAGAACAUUCACCACCUGGACGUCGUGGUCGCCAACGCAGGCUAUUACGACGACGACUACCGACUGGAAGACGUACCCAUCUCCAAAGUCCAGCGCCACCUGGACGUGAAUACCGUCGGCUUAGUCCGUCUCUUCCAGGCGGUGUUCAAGCCGUUGGGGCGAAGCACACAGUCGCCGAAAUUCGUGACCAUCAGCAGUUUCAUGGGCAGUAUCGCUGGCCUGACGAUGGAGUACUUCCCCGGUGGGGGUUAUGGUGCCAGUAAAGCGGCGGCGAAUUGGAUUACGAGGAAGAUUCAUGUGGAGAAUCAGGGGUUUGUGAGCUUUAUGAUACAUCCGGGGUUCGUCAAGACAGUUAUGGGGAAUGCAGCUGCUAGGAGUAUUGGAUUGGAUUCGGCGUUUAGUGAGGUUGAUGAGUGCGCGGAAGGGAUUAUCAGGCUGAUUGAUGGUGCGACGAGAGAGUUUGUUGGUGGUCGGUUUGUCACUCUCAAGGGCGAUGAUAUGGCUUUCUGAGAUAGAAUAGUAGAGGUGGCGACUUGGAAGGAAGCUGGGCUAAUUUGGUGGGUAGACAUGUGAUUGUUUUGUAUGUAUUGUAUUGAUUGGAG